AUGGCAGGGAGGUCAGGAGAGGGCACAGGGCUGGUGUCCACGGGGCAGGCGGGUGUUCACACGGGGAAGGUUGAGCCCUUGGCGAUUAGGAAUGAAACUGUGCGGGAAGGCGAGGGCCGAGAGGAGAUCGUGAAGGUGACCUUCCAGGAGCUGCGGCAGCAGGUGGCUCUGUUUGCAGCGGCUAUGCGCAAGAUGGGAGUGAGGAAAGGCGACCGGGUGGUUGGCUACUUACCGAACGGUGAACAUGCCGUGAAGGCCAUGCUGGCUGCCGCGAGCAUUGGCGCCAUCUGGAGCUCCACGUCCCCAGACUUCGGUGUGAACGGUGUGCUGGACCGGUUUUCUCAGAUUCAGCCGAAGCUCAUCUUCUCAGUGGAAGCCGUGCUCUACAACGGCAAGGAACACAGCCACCUGGGCAAGCUGCAGCAGGUGGUGAAAGGCCUGCCUGACCUGAAGAGGGUGGUGGUGAUUCCUUACGUCACCACUAGAGACAAGAUAGACAUUUCCAAGAUCGCCAACAGCGUGUUUCUGGAUGACUUCCUCGCCCUGGGCCUGGGCGAGCCGGCCCCCCAGCUGGAGUUCGAGCAGCUGCCGUUCAGCCACCCGCUCUUCAUCAUGUUCUCCUCGGGCACCACCGGUGCGCCCAAGUGCAUGGUGCACUCAGCCGGGGGCACCCUCAUCCAGCACCUGAAGGAACACAUGCUGCACGGGAACACGGCCCGCAGCGACAUUCUGCUCUACUACACCACGGUCGGCUGGAUGAUGUGGAACUGGAUGGUGUCCGCUCUGGCCACCGGAGCCUCGGUGGUCCUGUACGACGGCUCCCCGCUGGUCCCCACGCCCGCCGUGCUGUGGGACCUGGUGGACAGGAUUGGCAUCACCAUCCUGGGGACGGGUGCCAAGUGGCUGUCGGUGCUGGAAGAGAAGGACAUGAAGCCCGCGGAAACCCACAAUCUCCACACACUCCACACCAUCCUGUCCACCGGCUCCCCGCUGAAGGCCCAGAGCUACGAGUAUGUCUACAAGUGCAUCAAGAGCAGCGUGCUCCUGGGCUCCAUCUCAGGAGGCACGGAUAUCAUCUCCUGCUUCAUGGGUCAGAAUGUGUCGGUCCCCGUGUACAAGGGGGAGAUCCAGGCCCGGAACCUGGCCAUGGCUGUGGAGGCCUGGGAUGAGGAAGGCAGGGCCGUGUGGGGGGAGAGCGGGGAGCUGGUGUGCACGAAGCCCCUCCCCUGCCAGCCCACCCACUUCUGGAAUGAUGAGAAUGGGAGCAAGUACCGGAAGGCGUAUUUCUCCAAGUUCCCAGGCGUGUGGGCGCACGGCGACUACUGCAGGAUCAACCCCCGGACGGGGGGCAUCGUCAUGCUGGGCCGCAGCGACGGCACACUCAACCCCAACGGCGUGAGGUUCGGCAGCUCGGAGAUCUACAACAUCGUGGAGGCCUUCGAGGAGGUGGAGGACAGCCUGUGUGUGCCCCAGUAUAACAGGCACGGCGAGGAGAGGGUGAUUCUCUUCCUGAAGAUGGCCUCUGGCCACACCUUCGAGCCGGGCCUGGUGAAGCGCAUCCGAGAUGCCAUCCGCAUCGGCCUGUCUGCGCGCCACGUCCCCAGCCUCAUCCUGGAGACCCAGGGCAUCCCGUACACGCUCAACGGCAAGAAGGUGGAGGUGGCGGUGAAGCAGGUGGUGGCCGGCCGGGCCGUGGAGCACCGCGGCGCCUUCUCCAAUCCCGAGACCCUCGAUUUGUACCGGGGCAUCCCCGAGCUGCAGGACUUCUGAGCGGCGCCGUGCGCCCGACGGUGCGUGUGCGCACGGCGCUUCCGGAAACUUCUGGGAAGGAGAUGCAUGGGCACGUAAGGGAGCGGCGUCCGCUCUUCCCGCGCUCGGAUGGGCCCGACCCUGCCCGCAGGAGCCGGCCCG